AGGACAAAGAGUGUCAUAGUUUAAUGGUGUCAGCUAGUAUUUCAGGUGUUCGCUUAGGUGGAGGAAUGAAUUAUACGGAGGCUUUGCUGCAUCGAUUUGGAAUACUUGGGCUUGAUGGUGGUCCUGGUGAGGAACUCUCCAAAGGGUUGGAAAAUAUAUCAGCUGGGCCACUGGCUAAACUUUUGAAGCCAUCUGCUCUCAUCGAUGAUUUAGCAAAGGGUGGAAAUUUGGAGGGUGAGAAAGAUAGUGGUUUCUUGCACUUAGGGAUGCCAGAUGAUGUUGAUGUGUCAAUAGAGUUAAAGGACUGGUUAUUUCCUCUUGAAGGUGUGCAAGAAACGGCUGACAGAUGGUGGUUUGACAAUCAAGAAGACGUAACUAGAGAGGAGAGAUGUUGGCACACGACAUUCCAGGCCUUGCGAGUGAAAGCAACAAGCAGUCCAAAGCAUAUGUUAAAGGGUAAAGGGAAAUCAGAUGAAGUGCAGAAAUAUCCUGUUGAAUUGGUAACGGAACGGAGGGCUUUGAAAAGAUCUUCUCCCAGGAUAAUCUCAGAGCCUGUUUGGUGUGGCUGGUGGGAGCUUUAGCUUUUUGAGUACUGUUAUGAGUGAUAAGUUUAAAUUUUUAUUGGAGGGAAAAUAGAGCUUUAGCUUUUAAAAAGGUAAAAAAGUAAGUGAAAAGUAAGUAAAAUGAGAGUUUAUGAAAAGUUUGGAUUUGAAACUUUUGAGCUUUUACUGUUUAAGUGCUUUUUGAGGUUAAAAAAAUAUUUAAAAGUGUAAGUUUUUAAGAGGGAAAUUUAAAUUCAUGAGACAUGAAUAGUGUGCAAAAUCUGAAGCUCUUAGGAGCUGCACCAAACAUGCCCUCAGUAGGGGCAGUAGUGCUGGCAGUAUUGGGCAAUCUCCUAGAUCAUAUAUUGCGCAUGAAACCCCACGGUCAACUCUAGGAUCAACCGGAGCCUCACUGAAGGAGGCAGUUUUGGAUUCACAAGCCAAGUGUACCGCCCUCAUUACCAACUUAUCCAGUUCAGAAUCUCCUGAAGAGCAUCUUGCUAAUAUUAGAGAAUUGAGUCAGAAACUUGAAGGUAUGCGGAGUUUGUUGGUGCAAUUGCAGAGUCAAAUUUGAUGGGUCUUGUUUCCUGCCCUAUUCUUUGUGGUAAAAUCAUGGGAUUGAAGAAAGCAUCCCAAUGGUGGCCGAGAAAGAAGAAAAAGAAGAAAUCAUCGCAGUGAAAUAGUCUAUCACAUUCUUUUGUGUAUAUAGAAUACACAUGAAUACAUGUGUGACAAUUUUAUCACAUGAAUACGUAUCAAUCAGGCACAAAGAAAAGCUGUUUUAUAUGAGUUAUCCCAGAAAUUUUGUAUCAAAGCAUGCCAAUUUUUCCCUUCAAUAUUUGCAAUAAUUCAAAUGUUUCAUG